AAAAAUUAGGUUUCGUGGUGCAUGUUAUGCCAGGAUAGGCGGGAAGUCGUAGAGCCGGUUGGGUCAGGAAGAUAAAAUUAUUUUGUAGGAUCUCCUCUCUCGGCCCUAGCGGCUCCUGGAGCAACAGGUUAGGAACCGUGUAGAAGAGAGAGGCCGUUCUUUCAUCUCAUUUUCCUACACGCGAAACGGUCCAGACGUCGUGCCGGUUGCUGCCAUUGUUUGUAACUUUUGUCAUAAUAAAAAGGGGGUUGCCUAAUGCGCAACUUUAUUCCUACGGAUGGAUCACACGGGCUACUUUAGCUGUUCGGACAUAAAUAAAUACACACACAGCAGUGCGAGAGUCGCUGGCUUUUUACAUCUUCAAACGAAGAUGUGCUCCGGAGAUUGGGCAGUUCUUCCUCUUUUCUAAGGAUCCUCUGGGGAAAAAAAUAACUGAACCGGACAACGUCAUCAUAUCAAGAAGUCGGAGCUUUCCCGCUUCUUUCCUACGCCUUUGAGAUGCUUACACAGAAAUAGAAGCCAUGAAAGAGACGACAACUGUGCAUCUGAAUGACACCGAAAGGCCAAAAUCCAGCAGGGAGAAGUUUCUUCAGGCAUGGAAUGAGAAACCGGAGUUCCAGAAAUGUCCCAUUGUGUCUUCUCAAGUUCCAGAGGGUCAGACAGCUACUGGCAUCCCAAUCCAGACAAAGGGGAUCCAGGAUGAAAAGCACCAGUCACAUUUACUUACAAGGAACUCUCUGGAUGCCAGUGAAAAUGCUGUUUACUUCCUGGCCAUGCCAGCUUCUCCCCACGGUCAACUUGAUGCAAGCUCUGAGGCAACGGAGCCUGGCUCCCACCAGUUGCCUGCAGCUGCCUCCUGUAGUCCUCCAGAAAAAAGUGACAAAGAAGAAUUCCUCAAAAUCUGUGUUUCAGAUUUAUUGCUUGAGUCCCCAGCGAGGAAGAGGCCAAGGCUGCUGCCACCUAAUAAGAAGAUGCACGUGGAGGUGCAGAAAAAUCAAGACCCCCAUCUACCUGAGGAGAGUGCAAGAAGCGCUGCCCCCCUGGGAAAUACCAUGAAGAUGAGCCCUCCAGCCAACCCUCCUGAGGCAGAAUCCGUGCAUCACAGUCCCGAGCCAAAGCAACACAGUCCCAGUCACCCACCGGCAGAAGGCCCAUCGCCUUCUGGAGACACAGAAGCUUCCGCUUGCCCUCAACCUGCCGAGAUAAAUCAAAAGCAACCUCAGCACUUGAAUCAGGAGAGAAGCCCUCCCCUCCCUCGCCCUGUGAUAGCAACCCAAGAAUACAUGGGCUUUCCUCACAUUAGCUGCCUCCCACCAAAGAAGCGAUACACCAAGACCUGGUGCCUCUAGGAUACGUGCUGUAAAAUUGGCAAUUGAUGAAGAGUGGCCAGUACCAAUGCGUUUUUUUUAAAAAAUCCUGAUAAUAUUUGUAUUAUUAACCUCAGACCGACAGAGAAGCUUAAUAAAAUGCUAUUUCUGU